AUGCGGCGAAAUUUACCUCUCGCCGAGGUAACCCUCAAUUUCUGCUGCCGCUCGUCCACCGUCCCCGGUGGUCGUAAUUUGAAUUAUGACGGGUCUAUCGGCUUCAGGGCUAACCGGCAACUAUGCGACGGCGCCAUAAGAUGCCUGGAGGAUCAAGUCUUCCCAGUCCAUCGCGCUAUAUUGUCUGCGGUGAGCCCCUAUUUCAAGGCUCUUUUCACCAACAGUCUGAAAGGCGGUAAGACCGAGACCACGGAAGUCGUUAUUUCCGUCCCCGGUGAGAUCUUCAGUCUAAUCCUCGACUACGCCUACACGGGCACCUGCAACGUCAAUGCCGACAAUGUUGAACAAUUAUUGCCGCUCGCCGAUCAGUUCGAGGUGCUUGGGAUCGUUCAGCUCUGUUGUCAGUUCUUGCUGCAGGAGCUACGACCGGAAAAUUGCUUAGGUAUUUUCAAAUUUGCACGGCACUACUUCUGCCGCGAUCUCGAGAAACAGGGCCGGAAGUACAUACGUCACCACUUCAAGCGGAUACUGCAGGAGAGCGCGGAGUUCAAGGAUCUUCUUUGCGACGAGCUGGAAGCAAUAUUGCGCGACGACGAGCUCAAUGUUAAAAACGAGGAGAUCGUAUUUGACGCCAUCAAGACGUGGGUCGAAGCUAAAGCUGAGCAGAGACGGGUUUAUUUGCCGAGGUUGCUGGAAUGUAUACGUUACGGUCUCAUGAGUCAUAAGUAUUUCAUUAAUAACAUCGUCAACUGGAAGCUCGUCGAGGAGGAUGAAAUAUGUCAACGAAUGCUGCUUCCUGUGAAUGCCUACCUAAUCGAACAAGAGUCGAAACAAAACGGCGGUGAGAUCGAUCUGAAAAAUCCUAUUGCGAGACCUCGAAUCCCAUAUGAAAUUCUCUUUGCAAUUGGGGGUUGGAGUGCUGGUUCGCCCACCAGUUUUGUGGAGACUUACGACACAAGAGCUGACAGAUGGUUUCUAUCAGCGAACACGGAUGUAACACCGAGGGCUUAUCACGGUCUGUGUGUCCUGAACAAUCUCAUCUACAUGAUCGGUGGAUUUGACGGUAACGAGCACUUUAACACGGUGCGAUGUUUUGAUCCGACGACGAAAGCAUGGCGAGAACGAGCCUGCAUGUAUCACGCCAGAUGUUACGUCAGUAUUUGCACACACAGUGGCAAGAUUUAUGCGCUCGGCGGAUACAAUGGUCGCACGAGAAUGAGUUCUGGCGAACGAUACGAGCCGCAAAGGAAUCAAUGGGAGAUGAUACCGUCUAUGCAUCGGCAACGAUCGGACGCGAGCGCGGCCGCCCUGCACGAUAAGAUCUACAUCGUCGGCGGCUUCAACGGCCAGGAAGUCCUCGACUCGGCCGAAGUCUUCGAUGUGGAAUCUAAUCAGUGGACGAACAUCAACUCGAUGAUCAGCCCGCGAUCCGGCGUCUCCUUGGUUGCCUUUCGCGAUAGUCUCUAUGCCCUCGGCGGAUUCAGCGGUGUCGCGAGAUUGAGCUCCGGAGAACGUUACACUCCCAAUCACUCGGAUCAAUGGCACGAAAUCUCGGAGAUGUUUAGCCCACGCAGCAAUUUCGCCACGGUGAUCCUCGACGAUAUGAUUUUCGUCAUUGGCGGUUACAACGGAUCCAGCACAAUCGCGUACGUCGAGUGCUACGACGCGGAUUACAAUGAAUGGUACGAUGCAUCCCCUAUGAAUCUCAGUCGCAGCGCACUCAGCGCCUGUGUGAUAGCGGGUUUAGAGAACGCGCGAGAGUACUCCUAUCUGGGCAAAGCGCGAGAUCUCGGCCAAGGCCAGGCAACGUCGAAGAAUCGGGAAAAGUCUGAUCAACCUGGCGAGGGCUCCGUCGAGGUUAACGCCGUAAUCUUGUCGCAGGAGGAUGAGCAGAUGAAUGAAAGCGAGUCGAUGCACAUUGUGGGUCCCACCGAUGAUAUGGCCGAUGGUAUCGAAAAUAUCUACGAGGAGGAAAAUGGCAAUGACGAAAAGGAGAUGCAGGGCGAGCCGUUGUACGUUGUGCAGGAGCUUGAUUAAAUAUCGUUCAAAAUUGAAGCGUCAGUUGGCACGAGGCUGUCAUCAAAUUUUUCAAGUUUUGUUGGAUGCCAUUAAAAAUAAUGUCCCGUAUAUUUGAUCGAGUAAACAGCCUGAUCGACAGCACAAAAUUUCUAAUAGAUUAAUAUUAUUAUUAUUAUUAUAAUACGAGUAGCUAAUGGCACGGUUGGAAAAGAUACUUUUUUAAGAAGGUCGUAUCGUUCCCUUUAAUUAUUAUUAUUAUUGCUAAUUGCUUUGUAAGAAUUAUUUACUCGACGAAAUAUGCAGAAUUUUUUUGAAUAACAUUCAUCAUUUCUCUUUAAAAAGAUACGACGUUGUCUCUGCCAACUUUUUAAUCGUCUAAAAAUUACGCGCAAAUAACAGUGCCAGAGAGAAAUGUAUAGCAAGAAAAUAUAUUCCUGGAGAGACAAACUGUUUAUUGUACAUGGGACAAACAAAGCGAGCGUUUUAAUUGUUACCUCAUUUGAGAAUUAGCCUAGAUGAGCUUCUUAAAUUGUACAACGAAAUUCAAUUUACCGGGAAAGGCAGGCAAAUAUAGGCAUUAGCAAGGGGACGAAAAAGGGCUGAGAGGCUUGAAGUUGAACUGCGUUACGCAUUAGCAAGUUUUUUUUGUAAGUCGUUUUCGCGUUUUUCGUGGAUUAAUUAACCGCAGCGACGCGGUUCAAAUCAACGUGUGACUUCGCGUGAGAAAGACGAUUCCGCGCACGAUUUCUCGAUUUUAAUCAUCAUUUUGUAGGUGAAAUUAUUUUUUCUCGCGUUUUUUUUUUUUUUUUAUAUAUAUAUAUAAAUCUACUUUCGAUUCGUAGGCGCGUGUAACAAUGAGAAUUAUACAUUAUGCGAUCGAACGUAACGCGACAUGUCCGCGCACAGAGGGGCACUUUUAGACUUUAUAAAUUUGUGAAAUUUUUAUUCGACGCGACGUCCUGCGAACUGUGAUUAUUUACACUUCUCGACGACGUGAAAUGCCACCGAGCGUGACAUUUCACAAUCGCGGAGCAACGUUGUUAUUUUUUAUGAACACGUUUUCCGUCCUUACGUAUUGCAUCUCGAUGCGGCGCAUUUUGUUCGGGAUUCGCAUGUACCAUAUAAUCUGUUAUUUUAAAUCAAUUAAAUCGAUCCCUUUCAAUCAAAUGCCGUUCCCUUAUUUCGUACAUCUAUCUUUAGCUUCAUAAUCGUAUCCUGCGUAUAUCCUGUGAAUUAAAUAUUUAUGAAUAUUUUGUGAAGUAUCCCGGGGGAGCGGGAGGGGGGGAAUUAAGUUACACGAACUUUCGAGGAUGGUAGGUGUUAAUUGUGCUUCAUCAGGUAAGGUAAAUAAUAAGCGUUAGUGAAUAAUAAUGAUAUGUAACGGCUUGAGAUUUUUUAUUAAUCUAUCUCUCAUUUUAUAUAUAUAUGUAGAUUUAUUCAUACGUUAUGUAUAGUGUAUACAUUAUUAUUUCUUCAUUGGUGUUCCACUUUUAAAGACAAUCAUGUCUUUCUGUUCGUGUGUUUACGGUCUUUCUCUUUUUUCUUUACUCUCUCUCUCUCUCUCUCUCUCUCUCU